AUGCCGCGCCUCGAUGACACCCUUGACAACAUGGGUGGCGCGAGCUUCUUCACUACGCUCGACCUUGCGUCAGCGUACCACCAGUGCCCGCUGGCGGAGGAUGCGCGCCAGAAGACGGCGUUCAUCACCCACACGGGCCUGUAUGAGUUCCAGGUGGUGCCGUUUGGCCUGCGCAACGCCCCGGCGUUCUUCCAACGGUCCAUGCAGGCCGCGCUGGCUGAUGUUCGCAACGCGUGCAUCUACCUGGACGACAUCCUGUUGUUCAGCUCCAGCUUUGACGAGCACAUCGCCCUGCUCGACAAGGUGCUGCAGCGCCUGCAGGAGGUUGGCUUGCGCCUCAAGCGUGAAAAAUGCCACUUCCUGCAACGCCGCACGGAGUACCUUGGCCACAUCGUCUCGGCUGACGGUGUGCGCCCCGACCCGGCGAAGCUGGAUGGUAUCUCCAAGCUUGCGCCUCCGUCGUCAGUGGAGGACAUCCGCCGCGUGUUGGGCAUGAUUGGCUUCUAUCGCCGGUUCAUUCCCCAGUUUGCCCGCAUUGCUGCGCCCCUUUAUCGGCUGCUGAAGAAGGAUGUGCCCUUUGACUUCGGAGAGCAGCAGCUGGCCGCCUUCAACGAGCUUCGCGCUGAGCUCUGCCGCGCGCCAGUCCUGGCCUAUCCCGACUUCACGCGUGCGUUCCGCAUCACCACGGAUGCUUCCGGCACAGGCCUUGGCGCCGUGCUGUCGCAAGCCGGCGACGAUGGCGUGCACCACCCGGUGGCGUUCAUCAGCCGGGCGCUGAACGCGGCGGAGAAAAACUACUCCGUCAGCGAGCAGGAGUGCCUUGGUGUCGUCUGGGCCAUCCGCAAGUUCCGACCGUACGUCUUUGCGACCACGUUUGAGGUCGUCACGGACCACGCUGCCCUGCGUUGGCUGCGAUCCAUCCGUGAUCCGCGCGGUCGCCUUGGACGCUGGAGCCUCGAGCUGCAGGACUGCGACUUUGAGGUCAUUCACCGACCAGGCAGCAGCAACGUGGUUGCCGAUGCGCUCUCCCGCCUUCCUCGCGAUGCUGUUGAGCAGUCGCCAGCCGAGCCCGCAGUUGACGUGGUUGCCGCACCGGUCCUGCCGCAACAACUCGACGACGAUGACGACGACGCGGAUGAGGGCGAGAGCGGUGACGACGAGGACCCGCUCUUGGCUGAGCCAGACCAACCUACGGUUGUGCGAAGCCGCACGCCCGCCUGGCUCACGCCCAAUGCCAUCAAGGCUGGACAGCAGGCAGACCCGCUCUGCGUUGCACCUCCGACCAGCGUCACCAGCAUCCUGUCCGACAUACCCGAAGACGUGUCCGGCCACAUGGUGGACGUGUUGAGCGCCCUGCACCAGGCUCACGCCCGCGCCAAGGAGCUGCUGGCGGAUGCGACGCAGGCCCGCGAGGAGCUCAACCAGCACAAGGCCGAUAAGUACAAGGAGUUCAAGGCUGGCGACCUUGUGCUUCUCCAUGUGCCGCGCGUCCCGACCGGCGCAAAGCUCAAACGGGGCAAGCCCUGGCGCGGGCCCUUCAAGGUUGCCAAGAAGAACUCCGCCGUCAACUACACCAUCGUGCCGAACUUACAACAGAUUAUGAGACCCAGCUCAAUUAGCGCAGACGGCAUCAAGGUCUUCGCUGGCGCUGAGCAGGAUGCCAACCUCUUCUUCAUCACCGUCGAGGCCAAGCUCAUCGCCGCUGGCAUCGACGCUGGUGUUGUGCCGAAUCCGAGCGAGGAGGAUGAGGACGCCUUCGAGGACGCUUCGUCGGCGCCCGCAUCUUCGACAGCCGCAACACCACGCACGCCGCAGAGCGUCCCUGCGUCCGCAGCACGCUUGCCCAUCGAUAAGAUGGCAGGUUUUAAGUGCUCGGACGUCACACGCUGGGUGCGUCGGUUCAAGACGUUGUGCGCUGCUGUUGGCGCGCACCCUGGUCGCGUGCUUCCACUCUACGUCUCCGCUGAGGUCCUCGACAUGUUGCUCGACAGUGACGUUGACCUCGAUGACUUUGAGGCGGUUGCUGCCCUCCUAGAGCGCACCUACGGGCUCCACGAGGACAUCGCGGUGCUCCUGGGCCUGCAGCAGUUCGAUACCUUUGCUGCUGCUGUGUCGCAGGCACGCCUUGCUGAGGCACGUGUUGCGUCUCGGCGAGGCCACGCGCGCACCGAGGAGGGUGUGGCCACGGUUGAGGCUGAGCAGGAUCGCGGCAAGCGUUCUGCAGAUGGCCGCAUCGUGUGCUUUUACUGCCGCACUCCCGGUCAUCGCAUCCGCGACUGUCGCAAGCGCAUGCUGGCUGACAAGCGUCGCCAGCAGCCGCAUCGUCCGCAGCCUGGCCGCACUGCCGCUGUGGUGCAGGCCACGCACGACUCCUUUGAGUCUGAGGCUGCGUCGGUUGCGGUUGCUUCGACGAGCGCCCGGGACGUGUUGCCACCGUUCGUGGUUGAGGGCACUUUCAACGGUGCCAACACCAUGAUGCUGGUUGACACUGGUGCGCUUGUUUCCCUCGUGUCUGCAGACGUUGCUGAUAGCGCUGGCGUGGGGCCGCUGCGCCCUAGCGGCAUUGUGCUGCGAGGUGCUAACCAGCAGCGCAUCCACGUCAAGGGUUGCAUGAGCCAAGUGCCCCUGUGCAUCGAUGGCGUGCAGCUGCAGCAUGACUUCAUCGUGGCGGAGCGUCUUGCUCACCCCGUCAUCUUGGGUGUGGAGCUGCUCUCGGCCCUCGGUGCGGUCAUCGACGUGCGCCAGCGUCGCCUCGUGUUUCACCGCGGCACCCACCGCAGCAGCACCUCCGCUCGACUCCUCGAGUCAUCGGCGUGUGUCGUCACACACGAAGCUGAUGAGGUGGCUGCCGUGCAGGACGAUGCCCCGGCUGUGCUCACGCAGGAGCAGCAGUCCGAGGUGGAGCAGCUGCUGGACAAGCACAGCGCUGCGUUUGCUUCUGCCGCCACCGUGGGCGUUCCAGCGAAGCUACCACCGAUGCGCAUCGACACGGGUGAUCACCCACCGGUGUCCCGGCACCCAUACCGCCGCUCGGCCACUGAGCGUGCGGUCAUCGAGGAGACUGUGCAGCAGUUCCUCAAGGAUGGGGUGAUCAAGCCCAGCUUCUCGCCGUGGGCAUCCCCAGUGGUGCUGGUGAAGAAGAAGAGUGGGGAAUGGCGCUUCUGUGUCGAUUACCGCAAACUGAACGCGGUGACCGUCCCAGACGCCUUCCCCAUGCCGCGCCUCGAUGACACCCUUGACAACAUGGGUGGCGCGAGCUUCUUCACUACGCUCGACCUUGCGUCAGCGUACCACCAGUGCCCGCUGGCGGAGGAUGCGCGCCAGAAGACGGCGUUCAUCACCCACACGGGCCUGUAUGAGUUCCAGGUGGUGCCGUUUGGCCUGCGCAACGCCCCGGCGUUCUUCCAACGGUCCAUGCAGGCCGCGCUGGCUGAUGUUCGCAACGCGUGCAUCUACCUGGACGACAUCCUGUUGUUCAGCUCCAGCUUUGACGAGCACAUCGCCCUGCUCGACAAGGUGCUGCAGCGCCUGCAGGAGGUUGGCUUGCGCCUCAAACCUGAAAAAUGCCACUUCCUGCAGCGCCGCACGGAGUACCUUGGCCACAUCGUCUCGGCUGACGGUGUGCGCCCCGACCCGGCGAAGCUGGAUGGUAUCUCCAAGCUUGCGCCUCCGUCGUCAAAGGAUGUGCCCUUUGACUUCGGAGAGCAGCAGCUGGCCGCCUUCAACGAGCUUCGCGCUGAGCUCUGCCGCGCGCCAGUCCUGGCCUAUCCCGACUUCACGCGUGCGUUCCGCAUCACCACGGAUGCUUCCGGCACAGGCCUUGGCGCCGUGCUGUCGCAAGCCGGCGACGAUGGCGUGCACCACCCGGUGGCGUUCAUCAGCCGGGCGCUGAACGCGGCGGAGAAAAACUACUCCGUCAGCGAGCAGGAGUGCCUUGGUGUCGUCUGGGCCAUCCGCAAGUUCCGACCGUACGUCUUUGCGACCACGUUUGAGGUCGUCACGGACCACGCUGCCCUGCGUUGGCUGCGAUCCAUCCGUGAUCCGCGCGGUCGCCUUGGACGCUGGAGCCUCGAGCUGCAGGACUGCGACUUUGAGGUCAUUCACCGACCAGGCAGCAGCAACGUGGUUGCCGAUGCGCUCUCCCGCCUUCCUCGCGAUGCUGUUGAGCAGUCGCCAGCCGAGCCCGCGGUUGACGUGGUUGCCGCACCGGUCCUGCCGCAACAACUCGACGACGAUGACGACGACGCGGAUGAGGGCGAGAGCGGUGACGACGAGGACCCGCUCUUGGCUGAGCCAGACCAACCUACGGUUGUGCGAAGCCGCACGCCCGCCUGGCUCACGCCCAAUGCCAUCAAGGCUGGACAGCAGGCAGACCCGCUCUGCGUUGCAGUGCGCGCAGCUCGGGAGGGGAAGGAGGCAGUUGACCUGAGCGCUGCCGCCCUCCCCGCCAAGCAGUUUUGGUCCAGCCUGCACCACUUUCGCGAUGUCGGUGGCAUCAUCCGGUUUGACAACCAGGCCGUCCUGCCUGCCAGCCUCCUCAAGCAGGCACUGCGACAGGCCCAUGACCACCCCUCGUCUGGCCACCUGGGCAUCGAGCGCACGUACCGCCGCGUGUCAGCGCAGUUCUACCUGCCUGGCCUCUACGCCAGAACCAAGGAGUACGUUCAGUGCUGCGUCCCCUGCCAGCGUGUGAAGCAGAAGCCGCCGACCGCCCUGCCAAUGGGCCGCGUCGUCGCAUCCCGGCCAAUGGAGCUGGUGGCCAUGGACUUUCUCGGCCCGCUGCCGGCCUCUGCCCGAGGCAACAAGCACUUGUUGGUCAUCAGCGAUGUCUUCACCAAGUUUGUCAUGGCCGUCCCGCUGCGUGACCAGAAGGCUGCCACCGUCGUCGACGCGCUCACCACGCACUUCUUCGCCACGCACGGCAUCCCAGAGAAGCUGUUGAGCGACCAGGGCCCCAGCUUCCGCGCCAAAGACACGGCGGACCUGUUUCGUCUGCUGCGUGUGCGAAAGAUCUGGACCAGCCCGUACCACCCGCAGACCGAUGGCAUGGUCGAGCGCUGGAACCGCACCGUUUGCAAGAUGCUGGGCACCCUCGUCAACACGCGCCAGACGGACUGGGACAAGUUCGUCGGCCUCGUCACCCUGGCCUACAACACCAGCUUCCACCCAACCGUCGGCAACACGCCGUACUUCCUGCGGUUCGGCUGCGAGCCUCCGACCAGCGUCACCAGCAUCCUGUCCGACAUACCCGAAGACGUGUCCGGCCACAUGGUGGACGUGUUGAGCGCCCUGCACCAGGCUCACGCCCGCGCCAAGGAGCUGCUGGCGGAUGCGACGCAGGCCCGCGAGGAGCUCAACCAGCACAAGGCCGAUAAGUACAAGGAGUUCAAGGCUGGCGACCUUGUGCUUCUCCAUAAUUUUCCUCUUGUGUCUGAGCUGAGUGUUCCACGCGAGUCACCCAGAGAGGAAGGAAUGUUUGCCAACGGAAAAGCCACAAAGCAGGUGUUGUUGGCAAACAAGACAAACCCACACGAGAAGGCAAAUUAG